AAUAUGAAAGAGCUCGCCUGAUAGCUUGAUGGUUUCUAUAUAAAUGGGUUUACGUAAUUUCUGACUGAAAUUGAAAAUGUCUGCCGAGGCGCUCAAUUUUUACCAACUUCUUGAAUUGCAACGGGAUUGUUCAGUUGAUGACAUCAGACGAAGUUAUAGAAGACUGGCUUUAAAAUUACAUCCCGAUAAAAACCCAGACGGAGAGCGGAAAACAUGCGAGUCAAAUUUCCAAAAAAUCAAUGAAGCUUUUAUGACUUUGAAUGACCCUGAAAAACGCAGUGAAUAUGAUUUGUAUUUAGACAAUGAAUCAAAUUACAACUUAGUUAGAGACAAUGUUGGAUCCGAAACCACCUUUAGAAAUUUUAGCUGCCCUGAAGGUUUCGAGAGACAGUUUUUCACAAGAGAUUUUCCGGAGAUGUAUUUUUGUAACUUUAAUUCUGAAACGAACAGUGGAAACAAGAGGUCUGGAAACAGUUCCAGAUAUAAGUAUUCACAUACGGGCUGGCAAAACUGGGAUGCGAACCAAAAUCGAAAAAGGAAGAAGUUUCGAGGUUUUGACUAUGGAGCUAUUCCUAAACGGGACGAAGCAUUUUGGCGGCAGCAUAUGAAACGGAAUAAAGUCGCGUCUCACCACGACGACCCAAUGUCUUAUGUUGCAUACAUUACACCACUUAUUGUUAUAGUUUUGCUACUGAUUGUGAAUGCUCUUAUUGAGUCGAAAUCUCUAUUUUCAUUCAAUUCGGAUUACUAUUACACCGAAUUGCGACAUACGAAGGGAAAAAAUGUGGCCUACUAUGUUCACGAACAUUUUGCGGAUAAGUUCGAAGGAAGCGUGAAAGAGUUCGAGAAUCACGUGGAGUUCACUUUCAAAAACUACUUGCAUAGUUUAUGCGAAGAGGAAUCAGAGUAUAAAAUGAAAAACAUAAACAAAGCAAAAUACUUUAAAAAUGAGGAGCUGUUGUAUGAAAUGGAACAGUUGAAAUUACCCCAUUGUAAAUUAUUUGACCAAUUUGUAGCUACAUAA